AUGGAAAACAAACCCCGUCACAACCACAAGAGGAACGACAAGAACUUCGACAGGAAAAACGAUAGAAAUGACAGAAGCGACAGGCGAUCGGGCGGCAACAAACAAGAAAGGCCAAAGAGAGAAGCCAUCGUGGACUUGCAGAAAUAUUACGGGCAGAAGGUGCUGGUGAGAUUCAUUGGUGGCCGUUCCGUCGUGGGCAUCUUGAAAGGGUUUGACCAGUUGAUGAAUUUGGUGUUGGAGGAAGUCGUCGAGACUCUCCGGGACCCAGAAGAUGACUCCGUGUUGACAGAACAGACGAGACUGUUGGGUAAAGUGGUGGUUAGAGGGCCUCAGUUGUUGACGCUUGCUCCUUUGGACGGCACGGAAAUGAUUGGCAAUCCGUUUGCUGUUGCCCAGGAGUGA